UUUACGGUCUACGCCGGAUUUAAGUUCAGUGUUGUUUGAUACUAACUCAAAUCUUGCUGUCACCAAACAGCCCCGAGUUCUCUCCGUCUCUCACAUCUCACUCCAAUGUCUGAGAUUCCUUUGAAGAUGAAGGCAUGGAUAUAUGAAGAAUACGGGGAUGUCAAGGUCUUGAGGUUAGAUGAUGGGGUUUCUGUGCCGGAGAUUAAAGAUGACCAAGUGCUUCUAAAGGUUGUUGCUGCGGCACUAAACCCUGUGGAUUUUAAGAGGAGGCUUGGGCGGUUUAAGAACACUGACUCUCCGUUACCUACUGUCCCAGGAUAUGAUGUGGCUGGCAUAGUCGUGAAGGUGGGCAGCCAAGUGCAGAAGCUGAAGGAAGGAGAUGAAGUUUAUGGAGAUAUCAAUGAGAAUGGUUUGGACAAUCCUAAGCAGUAUGGAUCACUUGCUGAAUUCACUGCUGUUGAAGAGAAAGUGCUGGCUAUAAAACCCAGUAAUCUGGACUUUCAAUCUGCUGCUGGAAUACCUCUAGCCAUUGAAACAGCACAUGAAGGAUUAGAGAGAGCAGGUUUCUCUGCUGGUAAAUCUAUUCUUGUAUUAGGUGGUGGAGGUGGAGUUGGAUCCUUUGUGAUUCAGUUGGCAAAACAUGUUUACGGUGCAUCAAAAGUGGCUGCCACUUCAAGCACGGGUAAGUUGGAGCUAUUGAAGAGUUUGGGGGCUGAUUUAGCAAUCGACUAUACGAAGGAAAACUUAGAAGAACUGCCAGAAAAAUUUGAUGUAGUAUAUGAUGCAAUUGGGCUUGGAGACACGGGAGCCAAAGCAGUAAAAGAAGGCGGAACUGUGGUGGGAAUCACUGGUCCUCUUUCACCUCCAGGUUUCUUUUUUAUUCUCACUUCUGACGGAGCAGUUUUAGCCAAGCUGAAUCCUUUUCUGGAGAGCGGAAAGAUUAGGCCACUUAAUGAUCCAAAGGGUCCAUUUCCAUUCUCGAAGGUGGUUGAUGCAUUUUCUUAUCUUGAGACUGGGAGAGCUACUGGUAAAGUUGUCAUAUAUCCAAUUCCAUGAAGUUAG